GCCAGCCGCCGCUGCUGCCUUGAUGGGCUCCGCGGCCCGAGCGCCUCUUUUCGGGAUUAAAAGCGCCGCCAGCUCCCGCCGCCGCCGCCGCCGCCAGCAGCGCCGCUGCAGCCGCCGCCGCCGGAGAAGCAACCGCGUCCGAUCCGUACUGGGUGCAAUGAGAGCUCCACGCGGGCCUCGCCAUGGAAGGCUGUGACUCGCCCGUCGUCUCGGGGAAGGACAAUGGGUGCGGGCUCCCUCAGCACCAGCAAUGGACUGAACUCAACAGCACCCACCUCCCCGACCAGCCUGGUAGCAUGGAGCCGCCCGCCAGCGAGAGCCACGGGCCCCUGGACGGGCUGAGGCCCCCCUUCAAUGAACGUCUGGCGGAGAGCCCCACCCCGCCCGGGGCCCCCACGGCCGCCGCCGCUGCCGCCGCCGCCGCUGCAGCCCCCGAGCCGCUGCCGGCAGCUGCCCCCGAGGUCAGCUGCAAUGAGUGCGCAGCCUCCUUCGCCAGCCUGCAGAGCUACAUGGAGCACCACUGCCCGAGCGCGCGCCCCCCGCGGCCCCUGCUCCAGGACAGCGCGAGCGACAGCAGCGAGGAGGGCGAGGAGGAGAGCGACGUGGAGAACCUGGCUGGGGAGAUAGUCUACCAGCCGGACGGCUCUGCCUACAUUGUCGAGAGCCUGGGCCAGCUGGCCCAGAGCGGGGGGCCCGGCGGCGGGGGCGGCCCCGGGGGCGGCAGCGGGGCCCUCCCUUCGCUCUUCCUGAACUCCCUGUCGGGGGCGGCCGGGGACCCUGCGUGCGCGGCGGCGGGGGCGGCGCCCGCCUACCCCCAGAUCAUCAAUACGUUCCACAUAGCCUCAUCCUUCGGGAAAUGGUUUGAGGGCCCAGACCCGGCGUUCCCGAAUACCUCAGCCCUGGCGGGGCUCAGCCCCGUCCUGCACAGCUUCCGCGUCUUCGACGUGCGUCACAAAAGCCACCAGGAUUACCUGAACAGCGACGGCUCCGCCAAGAGCUCCUGCGUAUCCAAAGAUGUCCCCGACAAUGUGGACCUGUCCAAGUUCGACGGCUUCGUGCUCUACGGCAAGCGGAAGCCCAUCCUCAUGUGCUUCCUGUGCAAGCUCUCCUUCGGCUACGUGCGCUCCUUCGUCACCCACGCCGUGCACGACCACCGCAUGACGCUGAGCGAGGACGAGCGCAAGAUCCUGGGCCACAAGAACAUCUCCGCCAUCAUCCAGGGCAUCGGCAAGGACAAGGAGCCCCUCGUCAGCUUCCUGGAACCAAAAAGCAAAAACUUUCCGCACUCUCUCGUCCCCACUGCUAACCUCAUGGGCCCCGGACACAGUUUCUACGGGAAAUUCAGCGGCAUUCGGAUGGAGGGGGAGGAGGCGCUCCCCGCUGGUCCCCCCAGUGCCGCCGCGGCCAGUGCCACGGCCAGCGCCGGCCCCGAGCAGCCCCAGCCCGGCCUCCUGACUCCCAGCACCCUCCUGAACCUGGGCGGGCUCACCAGCUCGGUCCUGAAGACCCCCAUUACCUCAGUCCCUCUGGGGCCCCUGGCCUCCAGCCCUACCAAAUCCUCAGAGGGCAAGGACUCGGGGGCGGCCGACGGCGAGAAGCAAGACGGGGCCGAUCCCGACGGCUUCUCGGAGAAGGCAGAGCCCGCUGAGGAGGAGGUGGAGGAGGAGGAAGAGGAGGAGGAGGAUGAGGAGGUGGAGGAGGAGGAGGAGAUGGAGGAGGAGGAGGAAGAGGAGGAGGAGGAGGACGAGGGUUGCAAAGGACUCUUUGCCAGCGAGUUGCAGGGCGAGCUGGACGACAGGCCCCCCGGGGAGUCGGGGGUCGCGGCGGCAGGUAGUGGCAGCAAAAAGGACCUUGCUCUCUCAAACCAAAGCAUUUCUCACUCCCCCUUAAUGCCUAACGUGCUCCAGACCCUGUCGAGGGGCACGGCUUCUACUAGUUCUAAUUCCGCUUCUUCCUUUGUUGUCUUCGAUGGUGCGAACAGGAGGAAUCGUUUAAGCUUUAACAGUGAGGGCCUCAGGCCCGGGGUGGCAGAGGGCGGCCGGAGGCUGGACUUCGCCGACGAAAGUGCCAAUAAGGACAGUGCCGCAGCGCCGGAACCAAAUGAAAGCACAGAGGGCGACGACGGGGGCUUCGUGCCCCACCCCCCGCACGCCGGCUCCCUGUGCGAGCUGGGGGUGGGGGGCGAGUGCCCGGCGGGCAGCGGCGUCGAGUGCCCCAAGUGCGACACGGUCCUGGGCUCGUCGCGCUCGCUGGGCGGCCACAUGACCAUGAUGCACUCCCGCAACUCGUGCAAGACCCUCAAGUGCCCCAAGUGCAACUGGCACUACAAGUACCAGCAGACGCUGGAGGCGCACAUGAAGGAGAAGCACCCGGAGCCCGGCGGCUCCUGUGUCUACUGCAAGAGCGGGCAGCCGCACCCGCGGCUGGCGCGGGGUGAGAGCUACACGUGUGGUUACAAGCCUUUCCGCUGCGAGGUGUGUAACUACUCCACGACGACCAAAGGCAACCUGAGCAUCCACAUGCAGUCCGACAAGCACCUCAACAACAUGCAGAACCUGCAGAACGGCGGCGGCGAGCAGGUCUUCAGCCACUCGGCGGCCGGGGCGGCGGCGGCGGCGGCGGCCGCGGCGGCGGCGGCCGCCAACAUGGGCAGCUCCUGCAGCGCCCCCUCGCCCACCAAACCCAAAACCAAACCCACGUGGCGCUGCGAGGUGUGCGACUACGAGACCAACGUGGCGCGCAACCUGCGCAUCCACAUGACGAGCGAGAAGCACAUGCACAACAUGAUGCUGUUGCAGCAGAACAUGAGCCAGAUGCAGCACGGCCGCCACCUGGGCCUGGGCAGCCUGCCCGCGCCCGCCGAGGCCGAGCUCUACCAGUACUACCUGGCCCAGAACAUGAGCCUGCCCAACCUGAAGAUGGACAGCGCCUCCUCCGACGCCCCGUUCGUGAUGAGCGGCUUCCAGCUGGACCCCGCCGGGCCCAUGGCCGCCAUGACGCCCGCUCUAGUGGGCGGUGAGAUCCCCCUCGACAUGCGGCUCGGGGGCGGCCAGCUGGUGUCCGAGGAGCUGAUGAACCUGGGCGAGAGCUUCAUCCAGACCAACGACCCGUCGCUGAAGCUCUUCCAGUGCGCCGUGUGCAACCGCUUCACCACGGACAACCUGGACCUGCUGGGGCUGCACAUGAGCGCCGAGCGCGGGCUGCCCGAGGACGAGUGGAAGGCCGUGCUGGGGGACUCGUACCAGUGCAAGCUGUGCCGAUACAACACCCAGCUCAAGGCCAACUUCCAGCUGCACUGCAAGACCGACAAGCACGUGCAGAAGUUCCAGCUGGUGGCCCACAUCAAGGAGGGCGGCAAGGCCAACGAGUGGCGGCUCAAGUGUGUGGCCAUCGGCAACCCCGUGCACCUCAAGUGCAACGCCUGCGACUACUACACCAACAGCCUGGAGAAGCUGCGGCUGCACACGGUCAACUCCCGGCACGAGGCCAGCCUGAAGCUGUACAAGCACUUGCAGCAGCACGAGAGUGGCGUGGAGGGCGAGAGCUGCUACUACCACUGUGUCCUGUGCAACUACUCCACCAAGGCCAAGCUCAACCUUAUCCAGCACGUGCGCUCCAUGAAGCACCAGCGCAGCGAGAGCCUGCGCAAGCUGCAGCGGCUGCAGAAGGGCCUGCCCGAGGAGGACGAGGACCUGGGGCAGAUCUUCACCAUCCGCAGGUGCCCCUCCACGGACCCAGAAGAAGCCAUUGAAGAUGUCGAAGGGCCCAGUGAGACGGCAGCUGACCCAGAGGAGCCCACGAAGGACCAAGAGAGCGGGAGCGAGAAGGACCAGAGCAAGUGGAUGGCCUCGUCCAGCCAAGCCGAGAAGGAGCUGACAGAUUCUCCAGCCGCCUCCAAGCGCAUCUCCUUCCCAGGUAGCUCAGAGUCUCCUCUCUCCUCCAAGAGACCAAAAACAUCUGAGGAGACCAAAGCAGAACAGAUGUACCAGUGUCCCUACUGCAAGUACAGCAACGCCGACGUCAACCGGCUCCGGGUGCAUGCCAUGACGCAGCACUCGGUGCAGCCCACGCUCCGCUGCCCCCUGUGCCAGGACAUGCUCAACAACAAGAUCCACCUCCAGCUGCACCUCACCCACCUCCACAGCGUGGCACCCGACUGCGUGGAGAAGCUCAUUAUGACGGUGACCACCCCGGAAAUGGUGAUGCCCAGCAGCAUGUUCCUGCCAGUCGCCGUUCCAGACCGAGAUGGGAAUGCCAGUUUGGAGGAGGCGGGAAAACAGCCCGAGACCUCGGAGGACCUGGCAAAGAACAUCUUACCAUCGGCGAGCACCGAGCACGGUGGGGAUCUGAAACCUUCUCCUGUGGAGCCAGGCUCUGUGAGAGAGGACGCGGGCUUCCUCUGCUGGAAGAAAGGGUGCAACCAGGUCUUCAAAACCUCUGCUGCUCUCCAGACGCACUUCAACGAGGUGCACGCCAAGAGACCUCAGCUGCCCGUGUCCGACCGCCACGUGUACAAGUACCGCUGUAAUCAGUGCAGCUUGGCUUUCAAGACCAUCGAGAAGCUGCAGCUCCACUCUCAGUACCACGUGAUCAGAGCCGCCACCAUGUGCUGCCUCUGCCAGCGCAGUUUCCGAACUUUCCAGGCUCUGAAAAAACACCUCGAGACGAGCCACCUGGAGCUGAGCGAGGCCGACAUCCAGCAGCUUUAUGGUGGCCUGCUCGCCAACGGGGAUCUCCUGGCCAUGGGAGACCCCACCCUGGCGGAGGACCACACCAUAAUUGUUGAGGAAGACAAGGAGGAAGAGAGUGACUUGGAAGACAAACAGAGCCCAACGGGUAGCGACGCUGGGUCGGUCCAGGAAGACUCGGGCUCAGAGCCAAAGAGAGCUUUACCUUUCAGAAAAGGCCCCAACUUUACCAUGGAAAAAUUUCUAGACCCUUCUCGCCCUUACAAGUGUACCGUCUGCAAAGAAUCUUUCACUCAGAAGAACAUCCUUCUCGUGCACUACAAUUCCGUCUCCCACUUGCAUAAGCUGAAGAGAGCCCUUCAGGAAUCGGCCACUGGUCAGCCGGAACCCACCAGCAGCCCCGACAACAAGCCUUUUAAGUGUAACACUUGCAACGUGGCCUACAGCCAGAGCUCCACUCUGGAGAUUCACAUGAGGUCGGUGCUGCACCAAACCAAAGCCCGGGCGGCCAAGCUGGAGGCUGCGAGCGGCAGCAGCAACGGCACCGGGAACAGCGGCAGCGUCUCCCUGAGCUCCUCCACGCCCAGCCCCGUGAGCACCAGCGGCGGCAACACCUUCACCACCGCCAAUCCCAGCAGCGCCGGCCUGGCUGCCAGCUCCGGCUUACUGAGCCAGGCACCCACGGAGACUGGGGGGAUGCCGGCCCUGGGGAACCCCCUCGGCGCCAACAUCUCCUCCCCUUCGGAACCUAAGGAGGCCAACCGGAAGAAGCUGGCGGAUAUGAUUGCAUCGCGGCAGCAGCAGCAGCAGCAGCAGCAGCAACAACAACAACAGCAGCAGCAACAGCAGCAGCAGCAGCAACAGCAGCAGGCGCAGACGCUGGCCCAGGCGCAGGCUCAGGUCCAGGCGCAUCUGCAGCAGGAGCUGCAGCAGCAGGCCGCCCUGAUCCAGUCCCAGCUCUUCAACCCCACGCUCCUCCCCCACUUCCCCAUGACCACGGAGACGCUGCUGCAGCUGCAGCAGCAGCAGCACCUCCUCUUCCCCUUCUACAUCCCCAGCGCCGAGUUCCAGCUGAACCCUGAGGUGAGCCUGCCGGUGACCAGUGGCGCCCUGACGCUGACCGGGACGGGCCCGGGCCUGCUGGAGGACCUGAAGGCGCAAGUGCAGCUCCCGCAGACGAGCCAUCCACAGCUCCUGCAGCAACAGCAGCAGCAGCAGCAGCAGCAGAGCCAGCUGCCACUGCCCCAGGGCCACGCUGCCCUCCUGCAGCCCAGCCCGCACUCCGAGAAGAAGAACAAGCUGAUCCUCAAAGACAAGGACAAGGAGGGCCCGAGAGAGAGGGACGGCACCGACGGCGGCGGGGAAGGUGGCACGGGAGCGAAAGAGUCGCUGCCAGAUGCCUUGAAGGGCAAAGAGAAGAAGGAGCUGGCGGCGGGGGCCGGCGUGGAGGCCACCAUGCUCCCUCCACGCAUCGCUUCAGACGCCAGGGGCAACGCCACCAAGGCCUUGCUGGAGAACUUUGGCUUCGAGCUGGUCAUUCAGUACAAUGAGAACAAGCAGAAGGUCCAGAAGAAGAAUGGGAAGACGGAGCAGGGGGAGAGUCUGGAAAAGCUCGAGUGUGACUCCUGUGGCAAGCUCUUCUCCAACAUCUUGAUUCUGAAGAGUCACCAGGAGCACGUGCAUCAGAACUACUUUCCCUUCAAGCAGCUGGAGAGGUUUGCCAAGCAGUACCGGGAACACUAUGACAAACUGUACCCCCUGAGGCCCCAGACCCCGGAGCCGCCGCCACCGCCUCCCCCGCACCCCCCUCCCCCGCCACUGCCCACAGCACCCCCGCAGCCAGCUUCCACGCCCGCCGUGCCCGCCUCGGCGCCCCCCAUCACCUCGCCCACCAUCGCGCCCGCCCAGCCCUCUGUCCCGCUCACCCAGCUCUCCAUGCCCAUGGAGCUGCCCAUCUUCUCGCCUCUGAUGAUGCAGACGAUGCCGCUGCAGACGCUGCCGGCUCAGCUGCCCCCGCAGCUGGGGCCCGUGGAGCCUCUGCCCGCAGACCUGGCCCAGCUGUACCAGCAUCAGCUCAACCCCAGCCUGCUCCAGCAGCAGAACAAGAGGCCGCGCACCCGGAUCACAGACGACCAGCUCCGUGUCCUGCGGCAGUAUUUUGACAUCAACAACUCCCCCAGCGAAGAGCAGAUCAAAGAGAUGGCGGACAAGUCCGGCCUGCCCCAGAAGGUCAUCAAGCACUGGUUCCGGAACACCCUCUUCAAGGAGCGGCAGCGCAACAAGGACUCCCCGUACAACUUCAGCAACCCUCCCAUCACCAGCCUGGAGGAGCUCAAGAUCGACUCCCGGCCGCCCUCGCCCGAGCCCCAGAAGCAGGAAUACUGGGGCAGCAAGAGAUCGUCGAGAACCAGGUUUACCGACUACCAGCUGAGGGUGCUUCAGGACUUCUUCGACGCCAACGCCUACCCAAAGGAUGACGAAUUUGAGCAACUCUCUAAUUUACUGAACCUGCCGACCCGUGUCAUCGUGGUUUGGUUUCAGAAUGCCCGGCAGAAGGCCAGGAAAAAUUACGAGAACCAGGGAGAGGGCAAAGAUGGGGAGCGGCGUGAGCUCACGAAUGACCGGUACAUCCGCACAAGCAACCUGAACUACCAGUGUAAGAAAUGCAGCCUGGUCUUCCAGCGCAUCUUUGAUCUCAUCAAGCACCAGAAGAAGCUCUGUUACAAGGACGAGGAUGAGGAGGGGCAGGACGACAGCCAGAACGAAGACUCCAUGGAUGCCCUGGAAAUGCUGACGCCCACCAGCUCCUCCUGUAGCACCCCCAUGCCUUCACAGGCUUACAGCGCCCCGGCACCCUCAGCCAACACUGCUUCUUCUGCCUUCUUGCAGCUCACGGCGGAAGCCGAGGAACUGGCCGUCUUCAGUGCAAAAUCCGAGGCGAGCGACGAGAAACCAAAGCAGGCUGACCCUCCCGGUGCACAGCCAACCCAAACCCAAGAAAAGCAAGGCCAACCAAAGGCAGAGCUAGCGCAGCAAGACCAGCCUGAGCAGAAGGCAAACGCGGCUCAGCAGAAGCUUCCCCAGCUGACGUCCCCACCCUCCUUACCGCAGCCACCUCCACAGGCCCCGCCGCCUCAGUGCCCUCUGCCCCAGUCGAGCCCCAGCCCAUCCCAGCUCUCCCACCUCCCCCUCAAGCCCCUCCACACAUCAACGCCUCAGCAGUUGGCCAACCUACCUCCUCAGCUAAUCCCCUACCAGUGUGACCAGUGCAAGCUGGCUUUCCCGUCGUUCGAGCACUGGCAGGAGCAUCAGCAGCUUCACUUCCUGAGUGCGCAGAACCAGUUCAUCCACCCUCAGUUCCUGGACAGGUCCCUGGAUAUGCCUUUCAUGCUCUUUGACCCGAGUAACCCACUGCUGGCAAGCCAGCUGCUCUCUGGGGCCAUACCUCAGAUCCCCGCCAGCGCGGCCACCUCUCCUUCCACGCCCACCUCCACCAUGAACACUCUCAAGAGGAAGCUGGAGGAGAAGGCCAGCGCCAGUCCGGGCGAGAAUGACAGUGGCACAGGAGGAGAGGAACCUCAGAGAGACAAGCGCCUGAGGACGACGAUCACACCGGAGCAGCUGGAGAUUCUCUACCAGAAGUAUCUGCUGGACUCCAACCCAACUCGGAAGAUGCUGGACCACAUUGCGCACGAGGUGGGCUUGAAGAAACGCGUGGUGCAGGUCUGGUUUCAGAACACGCGAGCCCGGGAACGGAAAGGGCAGUUCCGGGCCGUGGGCCCCGCCCAGGCCCACAGGAGAUGCCCCUUUUGCCGAGCGCUCUUCAAAGCCAAGACCGCCCUGGAGGCUCACAUCCGGUCCCGGCACUGGCACGAAGCCAAGAGAGCUGGCUACAACCUCACGCUGUCUGCAAUGCUCCUGGACUGUGACGGGGGACUCCAAAUGAAAGGGGACAUUUUUGAUGGAACUGGCUUUUCUCACCUCCCCCCAAGCAGUAGUGACGGCCAAGGUGUGCCCUUGUCGCCUGUGAGUAAGACCAUGGAGUUGUCCCCCAGAACUCUCCUGAGCCCUUCUUCUAUCAAAGUGGAAGGAAUCGAAGACUUUGAAAGCCCCUCGAUGUCCUCGGUUAAUCUCAACUUUGACCAAACCAAGCUGGACAAUGACGACUGUUCCUCUGUCAACACGGCAAUCACAGACACCACCACAGGAGACGAGGGCAAUGCAGAUAACGACAGUGCAACAGGAAUAGCGACGGAAACCAAAUCCUCUUCUGGGCCCAAUGAAGGCCUGACCAAAGCGGCCAUGAUGGCAAUGUCUGAGUACGAAGAUCGGCUGUCUUCCGGUCUGGUCAGCCCGGCCCCGAGCUUCUACAGCAAGGAAUAUGACAAUGAAGGUACAGUGGACUACAGUGAAACCUCAAGCCUGGCAGACCCCUGCUCCCCGAGUCCCGGGGCAAGUGGGUCGGCGGGUAAAUCUGGAGACAGUGGGGAUCGGCCUGGGCAAAAACGUUUUCGCACUCAAAUGACCAAUCUGCAGCUAAAGGUCCUCAAGUCAUGCUUCAAUGACUACAGGACACCCACCAUGCUAGAGUGUGAGGUCCUGGGCAAUGACAUUGGACUGCCAAAGAGAGUCGUUCAGGUCUGGUUCCAGAAUGCCCGAGCAAAGGAAAAGAAGUCCAAGCUAAGCAUGGCCAAGCAUUUUGGUAUAAACCAAACGAGUUAUGAGGGACCCAAAACAGAGUGCACUUUGUGUGGCAUCAAGUACAGCGCACGGCUGUCUGUACGUGACCAUAUCUUUUCCCAACAGCAUAUCUCCAAAGUUAAAGACACCAUUGGAAGCCAGUUGGACAAGGAAAAAGAAUACUUUGACCCAGCCACUGUACGCCAAUUGAUGGCUCAACAAGAGUUGGACCGGAUUAAAAAGGCCAAUGAGGUCCUCGGACUGGCAGCUCAGCAGCAAGGGAUGUUUGACAACGCCCCCCUUCAGGCUCUUAACCUUCCCACCGCAUACCCAGCGCUCCAGGGCAUUCCUCCCGUGUUGCUCCCUGGCCUCAACAGCCCCUCCUUGCCGGGUUUUACUCCAUCCAACACAGCUUUAACGUCUCCCAAACCGAACUUGAUGGGUCUGCCCAGCACAACAGUACCUUCCCCUGGCCUCCCCACAUCUGGAUUACCAAAUAAACCGUCCUCAGCAGCGCUGAACUCCCCGACCCCAGCACAAGCCACCCUGGCGAUGGCCCCGCAGCAACCCCCCUCAGCCCAGCCGCCCCCCGCGCCGCAGCUCCCGCCGCAGCAGCCGCCGCCACGGAAGGACAAGGACGGCGAGAAGGUAAAGGAAAAGGCACAUAAAGGGAAAGGGGAGCCCCUGCCUCUCCCCAAGAAGGAGAAAGGCGAGGCGCCCCCGGCCGCCGCAGCCACGCUCUCCGCCCCGCUGCCCGCCAUGGAGUACGCGGUGGACCCCGCGCAGCUGCAGGCCCUGCAGGCCGCCUUGACCUCGGACCCCACCGCCUUGCUGACAAGCCAGUUCCUUCCUUACUUUGUACCCGGCUUCUCUCCUUACUACGCCCCCCAGAUCCCCGGCGCCCUGCAGAGCGGGUACCUGCAGCCCAUGUACGGCAUGGAAGGCCUGUUCCCCUACAGCCCUGCGCUGUCGCAGGCCCUGAUGGGGCUGUCCCCCGGCUCGCUCCUGCAGCAGUACCAGCAAUACCAGCAGAGCCUGCAGGAGGCCAUCCAGCAGCAGCAGCAGCGGCAACUGCAGCAGCAGCAGCAGCAGCAGCAGCAGCAGCAGCAGCAGCAGCAGCAGCAGCAGCCGCCCCCCAAAGCGCAGCCGCCGCCGCCGCCGCCGCAGCCCAAAGCAAGCCAAACCCCAGUCCCCCCGGGGGCUGCUUCCCCAGACAAAGACCCUGCCAAAGAAUCCCCCAAACCAGAAGAGCAGAAAAACGCACCCCUUGAGGUGUCCCCCCUCCUGCCGAAACCCCCCGAAGAGCCAGAAGCGGAGAGCAAAAGUGCGGACUCCCUCUACGACCCCUUCAUUGUUCCAAAGGUGCAGUACAAGUUGGUCUGCCGCAAGUGCCAGGCGGGCUUCGGGGACGAGGAGGCGGCCAGGAGCCACCUGAAGUCCCUCUGCUUCUUCGGCCAGUCUGUGGUGAACCUGCAAGAGAUGGUGCUUCAUGUCCCCACGGGCGGCGGCGGUGGCGGCGGCGGCGGCGGCGGCGGCAGCAGCAGCAGCGGCGGCAGCGGGAGCGGCGGGAACGGCGGCGGCGGCGGCGGCGCGAACGGUGGCGGCGGCGCGAACGGCGGCGGCGGCGGCUCGUACCACUGCCUGGCGUGCGAGAGCGCGCUGUGUGGGGAGGAAGCUCUGAGUCAACAUCUCGAGUCGGCCUUGCACAAACACAGAACAAUCACGAGAGCAGCAAGAAACGCCAAAGAGCACCCUAGUUUAUUACCUCACUCUGCCUGCUUCCCCGACCCUAGCACCGCAUCUACCUCGCAGUCUGCCGCGCACUCAAACGACAGCCCCCCUCCCCCGCCGGCCGCCGCCCCCGCCGCGCCCCCCGCCGCCCCCCACGCGCCCCGGAAGCCCUGGCCGCCCGCGGGCCCGCGCGCGCCGGCCGCCAAGCCCCCGGCUUCUUCUUUCCCUCCUCUCUCCUCAUCUUCAACGGUUACCUCAAGUUCAUGCAGCACCUCAGGGGUUCAGCCCUCGAUGCCAACAGACGACUAUUCGGAGGAGUCUGACACGGAUCUCAGCCAAAAGUCCGACGGACCCGCGAGCCCGGUGGAGGGUCCCAAAGACCCCAGCUGCCCCAAGGACAGUGGUCUGACCAGUGUAGGAACGGACACCUUCAGAUUGUAAGCUUUGAAGAUGAACAAUACAAAUGAAAUUUAAAUAAUAAAAAAAAAUAACAAACCAAUUUCAAAAAUAGACUAACUGCAAUUCCAAAGCUUCUAACCAAAAAAAAAAAAAAAAAGGAAAAAAAAGGAAAAAAAAAAGAAAAAAGCGUGGGUUGUUUUCCCAUAUACCUAUCUAUGCCGGUGAUUUGACAUACUUGUCUUUUUUUUUUUCUUUGAAUAUUAAAAGAAAGAAAGAAAGAAACAACACCCUUUAACCCUGUUACAUUGUGUCCUUUUGAAGGUACUAUCGGUCUGGGAAACAAGUCUGCAGGGCCUUCCUAAUGUCUUUUGGAGCUUAACCCCCUUGUAUAUUUGCCCCUUUUCAAUAAAUGCCCCACGUUGAUAGCACAGAGGAGCCCGGCAUGCACUGUAUGGGAAAGCAGUCCACCUCGUUACAGUUUUAAAUUUCUUGCUAUCUUAGCAUUCAGAUACCAAUGGCUUGCUAAAAGAAAAAAAAAAAAGAAAUGUAAUGUCUUUUUAUUCUCAGGUCAAUCGCUCACACUUUGUUCUGUUUUCAGAAUCAUUGUUUUAUAUAUAUUAUUUUUUCAGUUUUGGGUUUUUUUUUUUUUUGGUUCCAGAAAAGAAUUUUUGUUUUGUUUUGUUAAUUUAAAAAAAAAUGGGCAGAAAGUAUUUGAGAAAAACAAUGUGAACUGCUUUAGCUUUCUGGGGAUUUUAAGGAUAGCUUUUCUGCUGAAGCCAAUUUCAAGGGGAAAAGUUAAGCACUCCCAUUUUCAGAAAAAAAAAACCCACACACAAAGAGUGUUGAGGACUUGUAGCUUAAAAAAAUAAGUUUUAAAAACUGACUUUCUGUAUUUAUGAUAGAUAUGACCAUUUUUGGUGUUGAGUAGAUUGUUGCAUUGGAAAUGAACUGAAGCAGUAUGGUAGAUUUAAAAGGAAAAAAAAAACCUUUUGUGUACAUUUAGCUUUUUGUAUGGUCCAGCUGACAGCUCCUCAUUCGAUGUUGUCUUGUCCAUUCCUAGCAGAUAGAUUGCAAUCCGUUGAUUCUCCUAAGCAUUUCUCCCCCUUUCCCUUAAUUCCUCCCCCUUCCCAUCCUCUAAUCUCCCACUUAAGGUAGCCACCUUCAUUUCUUAGAGGGUAGCUGCAGAAUUAUUUUAUAAAGCUAAAGAAAGAAUUUCAAAGGGUUCUAGGGGUCAUUAGGAUCCUCACAGAUUAUUUUUUGGUUGGGGAGUUGAAACUUUUUAAAGGCAUAUAAUUCUAGUUACCUAUGUCUGUUAACCUUGUGCAUUUAGUUUUUAUUUAUCCUCCUGUUAGCAUAUUUUUGGUUCACCCUUUUCCUCCUUGUUUGGUAGAUGCUUCAAAUAUUCUUUCCUAAAUGAAAGCAUUUGUUUCAGUUUGUGUAAUUGGGCUGUGUGCUUUUCUUUUCUCAAAAAAAAAAAAGUUUUUGGUUAGGGGUUUGGUUUUUAGUUUUGUUUUCUCUCUCAGAAAAAGAAAUUUCAUGCUUUAAAUAAAAUCCAAAGACACACCCUUUCACUGCUGAAGCAGAAAAAAGGGAAAGGGUUCUUGUUACUUGAGAAUUUGUUUCUAAUUUAAACAAACAAGACUUAGUUUAAUGAAAGAGUAAAACAAAAGAUUCCCAGGUUGUUAUGUGCUUCUUCUGCAAGCAGAGGGGCAACUAUUAAUAAUGAUUCCAUAUACCAAAAGACACAUUUUUUACUUCAAAGUUUUGUCCUUGUGUUAGGCAGUCUGAGCGGCGAGUGAUCCAGAGUGCAGCCAACGAAGAAGCAGAUAGCAAUGUACAGAGAGCAAAAAUGAACCGUAUGUGAGGCACUUGUGUUUACCUUAAUAUCCAUAUUCCUGUAACACUUAACACAAUGCACCACACACCCUUUCUCAUCUUAAAACAACGGUUUGAACUUUGAAAGGAAAACUUUGUGCUGCUAACGUAGAUUUUUUUGGAGUCAAAUAGAUGCUUUGCUGUUUCACUUUCAUAGCCAAACAAACGUCAACAGAAACAAUCUCCCUUUGCCCCAAAGUGUGAAAUCCUUCUCCCCUUCAUUCUUUUCCUUAUGUUUCAAAAGGGAACUUUGAAGACUGUGAAUGCAGGUUCCAUCGGUCACCUUUCAGGCUUCUUUCCCCAGUGCUGAAGCCACUCAUCGACUUUGCAAAAAAGACUGGAGCAUUCCAAGAUCUGAAAAUGGAUUUCUUUUCUUUUCUUGUUCUUUUCUUUUUUCUUUUUUUUUUUUAGCCGGGACUAUUUUAUUUUUAUGAAUUUGUUUUUAGUUUAAUGAAAGAGUAGAUCCUGAACUGUUGUACAUAUUUCUAACUAGGCUGAUGCACAGUGCAAAUUCUUUAAAAAAAUUUUUUUUUAAGUAGAAAUACUAAAGAAUACCAUCUAACUAUUCAUACCAGUAUCCAGUUGUAGCAUAAGGUGUCAAAAACAAGUACGCAAACCAUUUGCUGUUUUAACAAGCUAUUCUUUUAAUAAGAAUUGUAUUUCUCCCUGUGUUUGAGAUGAACAUUUUAAAAUUUUAAAGUUGUACAGUUUUUGUUUUCCAUUAUUUUAUCUUGUUUGUAACUCUAUGAAAUAUAUAUAUAUAUAUUUUUGCCAUUUAACUGUUGUAUGUUACUCUGUGUCUGUAUCAUAUAAAAAAAGUUGUUUUGUUUUUGGUUCUCUGUGAUACCAAUUAACAAUUUAACACUAGCUUUACCUGUCAGAUUCUGCUAGGUCUUUUCUGAAAACUUUGUUUCUACAAAUGAUAUUGCUUGGUAAUAGUGCAAUUUCUCUCCCUUAACCUCCCCUCUCAACUUUAAGUUCACUUGUAAUUCUGCCACCCCUUCCCCAAUGAAUUUUUUUUCCUCUUUUUUUUUUUUUUUGAGCUACUAUGCCAUCCUCCCUCUGCAAGGCAGAGUGACUGUCAGUGUUCAUUUCCCUAUGCCAUGCCUUGACCUGUGGGUAUAUUUGGCAACAGCAAGGUGGUUGGGUAGAUUGGUAAAGUAUGCUCUCACCCACCAGUGUUCCUCAGCAGGUUAUGUGAUUGUUUCAGCCUGGAGCGGGUUGUACAUUUAAUGCCCUUCUCUACAACUGUACCACUCCCAUCUAAAUGCGAAAAAAAAAAAAAAAAAAAGGAAA